UUUCUGUCAGUCACAAAGAGUAGAAAAAAAACACAUCAAAAGAAAGAAAAUUCACAACAAAAAUUUAUUAUCAAAUUUUCGCAUUCUAAAACAAUAAUAAAUAAUAAAAUUUUGUAUCUUAAAUGUCCUAAAUGUGUUAAUUUAUUUUAAACUCUGUUUGUAAAUGCUGUAAAAACCCGCUUCAAUUUGUUAUUCAAUUACCAAAGCUGAUAUUCAUCAAACUAAAAAGUCGAGUGAAAUUUAAUUGAUUGAGAAAACCUUCUUUUUUUAAUUAAAUUAGAAAAACAAACAAUGAAAAUGAAUUUCUAGUGUUUUUUCUCUUCCACUAAAUCAAUAUUAUACAUAACUUGGACAUAUCAUGUACUUCCCUGUGGGCUGGCCAAAAGCCAUAAAUCUCUCCCUAAAUUCGGAGAACAACACAAUCCGCCACAUCGCCUGUGAUGCUGUAAAAAUUCUCAUCGCUGCGAUUGGUGAAAGUUUUCUGGGCAUUUGGUAUGCCAAUCCACUGAUUCCCAUCACAUUCCAUCAACGAAGCGAGGAGUCUAUCGAGCAACACGGCAACAAUAGGCUUAUCGUGUGGAAACCGGACUCAAGUAAAUUGGCCGUUGUCACGGAUUACGGACACCUGCUGUUCUAUAAAAUAGAAGUCGAUGGGAACAACGCUGGAGUGCUCACCCAGGUGGAUUCUCCGCUAAGCAAUUUGAAGCGCGAUUCAGCAGAACUGUUUAUUAAGGAGGUCAUUCCGAGGUUGUAUCUGAAGGAGAUCUGCACGAUUGCUAUGGACUCCGUGAUCACCACCUUCUGCUGUGUCAGUCUGGCCGAGAUUGUAGUGACGACAGCUAAUUGUGAGUUCGUCCGGACGCAGUGGGAUGACUUCGAGGGGAACCACCAAGUCGCCGUCGAUCUGAGAAGCAUUCCCUUUUAUUUGAAUCAGAAUAGCAACCUCAAGAACCUGCCACCGAUUGGCAGGAACUCGUUUAUAUCAGCCAUGGAGUAUUCGCCGUUCAUUGGCGGGUUCGCUGUCGUCUUCAACGAUUGUCGAGCGGCCUUCCUCAGCGUCCACCAGAAGAUGCAUGGUUUUUGGGUGCCGGAUGUGGACGAUGCAACUGUUUGCAGUGUCAACCACAAGUUCAGGCUACUUGCAUAUGGAAGGAGGAACUCAGAGGUGGCGGUGUACGCAAUUGAAGACAGCACUGGGGGGCUGGAAUUUUGUCACAAACUUUCAUUGAAUUCCAAGGAGUUCCCUGGAACUCUGGGAGCCGUAAACGAACUCAAAUGGUCCCCAGAUGGGUGUGUGCUGAUUGUAGCGUGGGACAAUGGUGGCAUAUCGUUGUGGAGCACCUUUGGAACGAUGCUAAUGUCCUCGCUUAGUUGGGAUUUCGGAAUUCACGUCGAUUUGCUUCGAAAUAAUCCGCUAGUGGUGGAUCGGAUGGAAUGGUCGACUGAGGGAUACCAACUGUUUUUGAUUCGACGAGAAGGCACAGUCCUGCAGUUGAGUUUUGUGAAGAGUUCACUCACCAUGAAUCCAAGCAUGACCUCAACAUCCCACAUCCUGCUGCAGUCAGAUGACACUUUGUACUUGAAUCAAGGCGACAACUUGGAGAAGAUCUACUUCGGAUCGAAAUUCAUCUUUCCCAACAAUCAAGCCGACUUGAAUGCGAAUCCUCUGGACUCUGGGGACAAUAUGGAGGUCCAAAAGUCGGUCGAUAUUUCCAGCAUCUUAUCGGAAAGCAAGUACUGGAGUGUGUUGCAAUUGCCCUUAACCUAUGCUGCAACAAACUGGCCAAUCAGAUACUCGGCCAUCGACAACGAAGGCAUGCACGUGGCAGUGGCUGGGCGCACUGGCUUGGCUCACUACUCCCUGCUGACCAAGCGCUGGAAGCUCUUUGGAAAUGAAUCGCAGGAGAAAGAUUUCGUUGUUACAGGAGGUCUGAUGUGGUGGAGAGGCUUCGUUGUCCUCGGCUGCUUCAGCCUCCUCGAUCGGACCGACGAGAUUCGGUGCUAUCCGGAGGAGUGCAAAUUGGAUAAUCAGUUCGGCAACAAGAUCCAAGUCCGGGCACCAGUUAUAUCGUUGAACAUGUUCAAAAAUCAGCUCAUUUGCCUCACAGCCGACGGCAUUGUCAGCACCUUCGCCCUGAAGAAGCUAAACGCCUACAACAUGGAUGUCUCGUGCCUCUACGAGAUGGACAUCAAGGGAAUCUGCAUCCAUCCGGCGUGCAUUGUCUCUCUGACAAUCACAAAUCUGAAGAACGAACUGGCUUCGAAGGCCAAUGCCCCAGAAACCAUAAUUUUCAACGUCAGCGGGAGGAUUCUCAUGGUGCAAAGGGAUGCUAGAACGAGUGUCAUAAACCACCUUAUGGCCACUUGCCUUGCGUCGUGUGUCGAGUGCUUCUGGCUGUCGAACUCUGAACGAAGCCCCAUGGGCGACUGUCUAUGGCUGUACAGUGGAGCCCAUGGAAUGCGCGUGUGGCUGCCAAUCCUGCCCCCAAAUGAGGAAGUUCGCGACUCACAUCGCCUGCAUUCGUUCAUGUCGAAAAGGAUUAUGUUGUCCUUCCCACUCAAACUCUAUCCGUUGGUGAUUCUAUUUGACAACGUCAUCGUGCUAGGAGUCGAGAAUGAGACGACUCUCUACACCAACGAAUCUAGCUCCCACUUUUCACUGCCCUUUUGCUUGCUGGAGCGCAAGAGUCAAGUGUACCUCCACAAAAUCCUUCGUCAAUUGAUUAAGCGAAAUCUCGGAUACAGUGCCUGGGAGAUAGCUAAGUCCUGCAGUGCUCUCCCGUAUUUCCCACACUCCCUGGAGCUGCUGUUGCACGAAGUCCUCGAGGAGGAAGCAACCAGCAAAGAUCCCAUUCCCGAUGCUCUGCUGCCUAGUAUUUUGGAUUUUAUUCGAGAAUUUCCAGUGCAUAUGCAAACAAUCGUCCAGUGCGCCAGGAAGACAGAGAUCGCUCUGUGGCCAUAUCUGUUCUCGGUGGCCGGCAAGCCAAAGGAUCUCUUCCAGCAGUGCUUGAAGAGCGAAGAGCUCGAAACUGCUGCCAGCUAUUUGAUAAUUCUGCAAAAUCUGGAACCUUCAGCUGUGAGCAAGCAAUAUGCCACUUUGCUUCUGGACAUAGCGCUGGAGAACCGCAAAUGGGAGCUGGCUAAGGAUCUGAUACGUUUCUUGAAGUCCAUAGACCCCAACGAGAUCGAUUCGCCGCGCUCGUCAAUGAUCGUGAAUCAGAAAAUAGCCCCUACGCAACAGCCAAACCAAGUCAAUCCCAAUCCAGAGGUCUUCAAUUUGAUUCUCGGUUCCAUAGCCCGCGAGCGGAGUUUCUCCACACCGAUGGUCAAUGCAAAUCGCAACGAAAAGAAGGACAAGAAAGACAAGGAGAAGCGAGAGAGCAUCUCUGGCAGUGUCCCGCCAACAACUCCGACCCUGACAUCACAAAAAGAAACAUCAAGCGGUGGAGGAGGCGCACCCACUGGCAUUACAUUCCGUCGCAAGUCCGAGCGAAGCAUUUCCAAGGACAAACGUGAGACAUUUUUCAUCGAGACAAUCCUCCAGCGUCAAGCACGAAUGCUCCUCGAGAAUUGCAAGCUCAUCGAUCUGGGCUAUAUGAGUGCUUUUCUGGACUUUCAUCUGGUGAGCUGGCUGUCGCAGGAGAAGGAUAGAUCUGCGAAGCUCGAUGACUUCGUAUCGGCCCUGAUACUCAUGCACAAGGAGCUCAAACUUCCACCACCCUAUGUUAAUAACGGCAACGAACUACCACACGAAACAAACCUCUUGCCAAACAACGAUCUAUCAAAAUGUCGCAACACAUCGAGCCAGACCUCGGAAUCUGGAUACUUUAGUCUUCCUCUGAUCGAAAAUACUCAUCACCAUCACUCCAUUCCGGCGAUAAAGGAGAGCGAGGAACUCAUCACCACCGUCUCCAAUAAGUCGCGGUCCAACUCCCAGACCUUGGACGAGAACUAUCCCGAGAGGCGGUUUUCCUCACUGCAACACGACGAGAUGAACUUCGCUGCGUUUAAUUUCCAGGCCGAGGCCCGGACGAAGAUCCUGCCCGAGAAGCUGAGUGUCAAGAUACGCUAUUUGCUGCAACUGUUUAUCGAAGCCAAUUGCAUCGACUACGCUCUGAUUCUGUCGAUAUUGCUCUUCGAUGCGGCGUCCAUUGGUCGCAUCAUCAACUUCGUCGUCCGCAGUGAAUCCAUAACCUCUUGCAAUCGCAUCCAGACGGCUCUGAAAAAAAUCACCCAAUGGUCCCUGGAGGAGCAGUGCAUCUAUCGGGGAUUCAUGAUUGCCCUCCAGCCGCAGGUCUACCUCCUCGAUCAGUAUGUCCUGGCAUCGGCGGCCAAGAAGUCAGCGGCCGAGAAUGAAGCUGCCGCAUCGGAGAACUUGUCAAUGGAGAGUAAGUCGUCGGUGGAGAUCCUAGAAAAUACUCCCUCAAAUGUCAAUAGCGGCGUCGGAACCACGUCCACUUGGAUUGAAUCGAAGAAACGCACCGAAACCGUGCGUCGCAUGAGCAAUACAGAACUAGCAAUGGCUAACAACAGCAUCUACAGUGGCAUAAGCAAUAACUUAAGGCACAAUUCCGUCGCAACUUCGACAACAACACCGACGACGGCCCGAGACCAACAAUUAGUCCUUAGGAACGAUAAUGCAUUGUGUAGUAUAAUGUAAAUUUUAAAAUUUUUGUUUUUCUUUUUGUUUUGUUUUAUUAACAUAGCAUAACUUCUUAGAUAAAAUUUAAUUAUUAUUAUUAUUUUAUUUGAUGUAGAAAAGAAACGAGAUAUUAUAUCAUUUUGUAGAUUUUGUCCUUUCCUUUCCUUUCUUUUCCUUUUCUAAUCUUAAAUAAUCUAAUUAUUUUGUUUUCUUUUUUCGUUUUUAAUCUUAAACAAUUUAUUCCACACCCCAAAGGGAAAAGCGAGUGAUGUUAGUUUAAAUUUAUAUAUUGUUGAAAAUAUUUGUAUUUUAUAGCAGAAAAUUUUCUAAAAAUUUCUAAAAAUAAUAAAAAACAAAAACAAAGUUAGGUAGAAUUUUGAGUGAAAAAUUGAACUUGUUUUGUAUUUUUGUCUAAUUCGAAUUCCAUAGUUUAAAAGGAUACUUUAUUUAGACUGGGCCGUCCGCAGGCGAGGUGGCCGUAUGGAUGAAAUAUAGCAAUUUCUCUCAUGAAUACAAAUUA